GUCUUAUAGAUAUCUAUGCGUCCAACCACCGCGAGUUUCGACGAGCACAGAGCUGAAGCCAUUCAAUACUCCAAGUUAACUUUAACUGUCUCUUCUUUCUCUACGUUAUCAGAUUUUUAAACAUCUGCAGUGAUGGUAUCUGUGAAAAGAGAAAGAGAGGCCGAAGUGGACGACGAUGAUGAAGACAGAGGUAUAAAAUCCACCAACGUCUAACAGCAUGAAGGCUAGGUCCGCUAGCAUGUUUUGCUAGCUUAUGUUUACCUCAGUACGUUGGUUUUCCGGUUAAUUUGUGUCCCUUUUUCCACUUUUCAUUACAGUUGCUCCCAAAAUCAUCAGAGGACGUGUAGUAGAGGACAGAAGAAGCCGUCACUGUCCUUACCUCGACACAAUAAACAGGUAAGGUGAAGAUUUUAGUGUGUUUCAUAGUUAGCUCUGUCCUCUGCAGAUCUGAAGCUGAUUCUCACUUUGGUUUGUUCUUUCAUCAGGAGUGUACUGGACUUUGAUUUUGAGAAACUCUGCUCCAUCUCUCUAUCACACAUCAAUGUCUAUGCCUGCCUUAUCUGUGGGAAGUACUUUCAAGGUAAGUGUGUUUUUCUCUUACAUACAGUCACAUAUUAAAAACAGCUUGUUGUUGUUGUGUUUGGUGUUUAAUUUGCUCCACACUUCCUUUUCAGGUAGAGGUCUGAAGUCUCAUGCAUACACUCACAGUGUUCAGUUUACACACCAUGUGUUCCUGAAUCUGCACACUCUCAAGUUUUACUGUCUGCCAGACAACUACGAGAUCAUCGACUCUUCAUUAGAAGAUAUCACAGUAAGUAAAGUCAGGCCUUACUAACCAUCUUCAGCACCUUUCAAACUGAUAUCCCAAACCGGAUGUUUCCAUGAUUAGAGAAGUCUAUGUCUUUAAUGAUAUGUCAGGAUAAAGUUUACACAGAUAGAUACAUUUAUCACAUACAGUAGAGCCGCAACGUUUUAUUUCAUCCUGGCCAUAAAGGUUACAUCAGAGUCAAAUUGUGCAAGCUAAAACAGUGUUGUCUUCAAGGGAUAUUCCGGCAUAAAAUUAAUUUAGGGUCAAACACACCGUAACACCGAGUUAGACACCCCCUCCAGAGGUUAGUGUUGCCGACCGCUUACUUCUCUAGUUAUACCAACUUUAGUAACGACCGCAGGAUAGCAAUACACAGCAGUCUGAGGAGCCACACACAAAAAGCCACUCUAUAGCCACAAAUAAUGCUCAGAACAGCACCUAUAGUGUCCCAGCCAUAGUACUAGCCACCAAACAUCUUUUUAACUUUGCCUAAUUUCCUUAGCAAAGAGACUAAACACAACUCACCUACUCUCUUCUAGCAGCCGCUUGUUUGUAGCGAGACCUCAGGCCAGUCCAUUGCCGACUACAGUGGGGUGACGCAGCUCAAGGAAGAACAUUUAUGAUAAUUUCUUUAUCAUUUCCAUGAAGUAAUAAUCCCCAUAUUAAUCAUUUUGCACUGCAGACGCAGUAGUUCUUCUGCCUUAGCGUGUCAGUCUGAUUGUAUUUUCUUGAAGAAAUGAUCAUAAAUGUUCUUCAUUGAGCUGUGUCACCACGCUGUAGUGUGUAAUGGACUGGCCUGAGGUCUCGCUACAAACAAACGGCUGCUGGAAGAGAGUAGGUGAGUUGUGUUUAGUGUCUUUGCUAAAGAAAUUAAGCAAAGGUAAAAAGAUGUUUGGUGGCUAGUACUAUGGCUCGGACCCAGAUGUCCUGUUGAUGAAGUUAGGUGCUGUUCUGAGCAUUAUUUGUGGUUAUAGAGUGGCGUUUUGGUUGAGGUUUGUUUAUGGCUCUUCAGACGCUGUGUAUUGGUAUCCUGUGGUCGAUACUAAAGUUGGUAUAACUAGAGAAGCAAGCGGUCGGCAACAUUCAUCUCUCGACAGGGUGUAUAACUCGGUGUUACGGUGUGUUUGAGCCUAAAUUAAUUCUAUGCCAGAAUAUCCCUUUAACUAUUCAAACAGAACUUCUAUGUUUGUCCACUUGUUUACAUUUCUCUCUUUGUCUCCGCAGUAUGUGCUGAAGCCAACUUUCACCAAACAGCACAUCGCAGGGCUGGACAAACAGGGAAAGCUGUACCGAGCCUACGACGGUACAACCUACCUGCCGGGCAUCGUAGGACUCAACAAUAUUAAAGCCAAUGACUACGCCAAUGUGGUGUUGCAGGUAUGAACAACUGCAUCUAGACUCAGUCAUAGACUUUUUAGUUAUCCCGACCAUUUCAAAUGUAUUUUUUUGCUCCUUAGGCUUUCUCCAACGUUCCACCUUUGAGAAACUAUUUCUUGGAGGAAGAAAACUACAAGGGGAUCCGCAGGCCGCCGGGGGACAUCAUGUUCCUCUUGGUGCAGAGGUUCGGGGAACUGAUGCGCAAACUUUGGAACCCGAGAAACUUCAAGGCUCAUGUGUCGCCGCACGAGAUGCUUCAGGCUGUGGUGCUGUGCAGCAAGAAGAACUUCCAAAUCACGAAGCAAGGUAAUGCUUCAGCCUGUAGGGCCUGUUGUUCUGUACUAUGGUAACACAACACGACACAAGCCAGAUUUUACACAUGCUGCACUGAGUUUUCUGGGCUGGGGUGCUAAUAAUUGUUCUCUGCUCUACAGGAGAUGCUGUGGACUUCAUGACGUGGUUCUUGAACGCUCUGCACGGGGCUCUAGGAGGCACAAAGAAAAAACCUUGUAAGGAGGAUUUACAUUUCUAUAUAGAUUCUUUAUAUAGAUUUAAAAUAUCAAGUAUAGCUGCGUGUCAUUGAAAAAUUAGUAUUGUGAGAAAAUACAGGAAUUUAUACCAGAUGAAUGUUGUGUAAUUUCAGAAAUAGAGGAGAGGGAGUGCAGUUGAAGAAAGACUUAAACACAUAAACUUAUCAGUUAAAGGAAUCACUUACUUUUGUAUAAACAAUGAACAGAAUAUCUGUGGAUGUUAAAAACUAAGUUGAGUUUGCUUCAGUCACCCUGUGAUGGUUCUUGUCAUAUAAUAAUUCACCGCCUUCUUCUGCAUAUGAUUUAUUUUUAUAUCACUGAGCUGCAUGUGCACUGUAGGUUUAAGUGCAAAAGUAAACUCUCUGUGGUCUGUCAUUUUAUCAGUCCAUAUGUGUUCUCCAAUCAUAAUAAACACCAGGAGGACAUAGAUGAGACUUAGUUAAAAUCCGCCUCACAUGGUUGAGUGUUGUUCAGAUGUUUGUGAGAGUGGCAGCAUCCAUGCAAGUUGUCAACAUGCAUGCAGACUGAUGUUUAUCAUAGAUUCACAACAAAGAAUCAGUGAUAGCUGGUCUUUCUCGUGUCCUCUGAUGGGACUGUUGUGUAUGCACAUGUUACAGUUGCAGUACUUGAAAGAUAUUUAAAUGAUGUUUUGUAUUUUGAUCUUAUUGUAAUUGAAGUAACAUCUGUACCCAUGUCUUUCUGCUCUCAUAGCAAUCAUUACAAAAGCGUUUCAAGGCUCCAUGCGAAUCUUCUCCAAGAAACUUCCACACCCAGAUUUAGUAAGUGUCCUGGACGUGUUUGUUUCCUGCCACCCCUGCAGUUUUAAAUAGACUCCAAAUGUUUUUUUUGUGGUGAAUUUUAACUGAUUUAUCGGUUUUGUUUUGCAGCUACCAGAGGAGAAGGAGGCGUUGUUGGUAACGGAGGAGUACCAGGAGCAGAUGUCUGAGUCCACCUUUCUGUUUCUGACCCUUGACCUCCCAACAGCUCCACUUUACAAGGAUGAAAAAGAGCAGCUCAUCAUCCCACAGGUUCCUCUCUUCAACAUCCUGGGCAAGUUCAACGGCAGCACAGAGAAGGUAGCAAAUCAUUCAGACCAUCUUUUCUUGGAAACAGAAACGGCACAUGAGAAGAGAGUCAAUUUGUCAUUAUUAUCCAGAACAAAAUGCAAUAAUGGCAACAGUGUGUUGUUUCCCCUUCUGAACACUAAAGAUUUGUGGACAUUUUCAUGUUCUAGGAGUACAAAACCUACAAAGAGAACUUCCUCAAAAGGUUCCAGCUGACCAAGCUGCCUCCGUACCUCGUCUUUUGUAUCAAAAGAUUCACCAAGAACAACUUCUUUGUGGAAAAGAACCCCACCAUCGUGAACUUCCCAAUCACGUGAGUGCUGCUCAGAAGUGUGUGGUGAAACUGAAGAUGUCGCUCUGCUCUGAAUGGAGUCGUGUACUCUGUCGUGAACAUAAAUAUUCACUUCAGCUCUGCUUCAACAGGAACGUAGACCUUCGCGAGUACCUGACAGAAGAAGCUCAAGUUACAGAGAAGAACACGACCUACGACCUUGUUGCCAACGUGGUGCAUGAUGGGAAACCUACUGAGGGGGCCUACAGGAUACAUGUGCUUCACCAUGUAGGUUUAAGAAGGACAUCUCUGACAGUUGCCUGAUUUCAGGGGCCAUUAUUGAAAACAAUAAUGGACCCUGUCAGUGUUGUCAUGUAAUGAAUCGUCUCACUGUGUUUAAUCAGGGAACGGGGAAAUGGUACGAGAUGCAGGACCUGCAGGUGACUGACAUUCUCCCCCAGAUGAUCACGCUGUCUGAGGCCUAUAUCCAGGUAAGUCCCUCCUCGUAUUCUGCUUAAGUCUAAAAACCAGACUAGGAGGUUUUAUUUUUUUACAUCAUCAGUCAUAAGAAUCACCACAUUUUAUUCACUGUUAUUCACAGAGCAGUCUUAUGAUUAAAUAAAAAAGGGAGUUAUGCAGCACAGCUUCUUGUUAUGUUGUUCACUACUGACAGGGCGUUAAAGUUCAUUGUGGGGAAAUUACAGUGAUGUGAAAUGAAUAAUUGGGCCGCUACGAAGCUCAGCGGUUAAAGCUUGUGACCUGUACACAGGAUCAUAAACCUUAUCGCAGUGGUUUCUUUUUCAACUCCCUGCCAUGACUGUUAGCUGUAUGUCAUCCUCCUAUCUCUGUUUUCCACAUUUUCUGUCUUGGCUGUCCAACAAAGCAACUUAAAAAAAAAAGACAACUUAAGAUAGGCAGCUGUGGUCUUUACUGCAUCAUGAAUAGAUACAAGAUAUCAGUGAUCUUAAACAGAAAACUGAUCAAAACAAGUCCGGCAGAGUAAAAGGAGGAUUGUGGUUGUUGUUUUUCCACCAUCUGUUCUUUAUUUGAUCCUUUUACUUAUGCAAGUUUGAAAAAUAAAACUAAACACGCACUCAAAAGAAACCUCGAGAACCGAUGAGGUGAAGCUCUCCGGUAGCUUGGAGCUGCAAUUUUCAGAGACUCGGCGUCCACUGCUGGAGUCAGAGAAAGCAGAGACAGCAAAAACAAGUUCUGCUGACUUUAAAAGUUUUCCUGCUUCCCUGAAGUCAAGAGGUGGAAACAUUUUGUCUACCUGUGUGAUGUGCGUCCGCUAAUGCAUGAAUGAGAAAAUGAAAACAAUUACUGGAUCUGAUGGAUUUCUGCAGGUGAGAAACUAAAGCUGUGGUUGGAAAGUAACCAUCCGACCUCUUGUAUUUCUUCUUUUUUGUGUUCGAUUAUUAAAGCUAAAAUGUGUAACCAUUCUGUUUAUAAUGAGCUUAACCGAUUUGAACGUGUCGUUAGGAUGUUUUUUAGAUUUUGACGACUAACAAAGUCUUUUUAAGAGGGAUUUGAACAUGUAAUUGACAUCUAGAAUAUAAUAACUCAUCUGUUGAUCUGUAAAGAUUAGGACCUGAUAGUUUUUUAUGUCUGUCUCUUUUUAAUUGAACUGACUGAAAGUUUUAACAGUCAUUAUAGAUCCACGAGAACAUAAUAUCGUGAAUAUUAGUCGUUCUUGUUCUUUUUUCAUAUGUAUAAUUACUAUAGGAUAGUCUUUGUGCAGAUAUAAAUAUGUUACAUUAUCAAGUUAUAUGAUUAUAUGUGUGAAUAUUUUCAUGAUUUAAUUUUAAAAAUAAUUCACAAAUGCUGUUUUUUUUCUCCUCUCACAGAUCUGGAAGAGACAAGGAGGCGAUGAUGACACAAACAACCACACGGUGGCGUAAGUGAGGCAGGAUUUUCCUCAGCUUGAAAGACCGAAAGUGUUGUCACCAUUUUGGAAAUGAACUGAGUAUUUCAUCAGUGGAAAAAAAACACACACACACAAAAAACAAAAAAACAAUAAUUGUUUAUGUCUGUUUUUUCACAAUUUUAUCCUUUUACUUUUCGGGAGUUUCUAAAUAAACAAACUCAAAGACA